GAUUUUUGUUUUUUUUUUCCUUUGAUGAUUGCGGUAGCUAGAUUUAUAGUUUCUUUUUUUGUUUCCUUUGGCUGUUGCUCAUUACCAUUUUUGGCAUGUUCUUUCAUUUAUUGUCCAAUUCAAGCUGCAUAAUGGAAUUUCAGUUUGUUUUACGUGACCUUAAAUUCUGAAUUCGGGGCUGUUUAGAGAUAUCAUUGCAGUUCAAUACAAGAUUGGAAUUUUGAGUGUUAUUUGAACAGCUCAAGGCUUAGUGUGCAAAGUUAACUCCAAAAUCCAUGGAUAAAGAUGGUAGGGUGGAAGAGAAUGUUGAUUUGAGAAGCGGUGUGGAAUUGGUGAGAUCCGUUUCUGAUAAGCAUAAGCAUUUUGAUCUUUUAAGGCCCUUUGCUCGGAAUUAUUCAAGAGGACAAGCAGUGGAUGCAACGGGACGUGAAAAGGGAAAGUAUGUCUUAAUUAGAGAUCCAGAGGACUUCCAAACAGGAACUUAUGAUAAGCCACUCCCAUGUUUUGGAUGUGGAAUUGGAUGGUUCUCAUUUCUUUUUGGAUUUCUAUGCCCUCCUAUGUGGUACUAUGCAACAAUUCUUUAUUUUGGAAAUCAUUAUCGGAAGGACCCUAGGGAACGGGCGGGGCUGGGAGCUUCUGCAAUUGCUGCAUUAGUUUGCUCUGUAGCAUUGCUGAUAAUUGCAGCAACCCUUCUGUUAAAAUCGCCAUACCUCUAUUUUUAAUUCAAAUGCGAAGGUGAAAAUCAAGAAGCAAAAACAUUUGAAAGCGAUUCUGACAGCAUAUCAAUUGGACAUAAGUAUAUAACAACUACAAAAUAUGUGGGGAAAAAUUGGAUUUUGUUUGGGAUUUGUGAAGUAAUCCGGCGCAAGAAAUCUGUCUGCUACACAAGUUGAGAAAAUAUGAUUUGUUGUAUCACUAUUUGUUUGAUAAUUUUUCUGAAUUGAUGUAUACUGACAAGAAAUCUUAUGGUUUGUACAUGAAUCUCCCAAAAUUACAUUAUUUUUUUAAUAACAGGAGUGAUAUACUGAA